CCACAUCCACAUUAUUCUUCUUUUUACGGUGGCAUCCCAACGACCGUUCCCUCCUUCGCCAGUCGUCAGAGGAGCAAGGAGGGACGGGGACGAGGACGAGGACGUCGCCGCCCUUCUUCAGAAGAAACACUCGCUCGGCCUGCGCAACAGGUCUCUCCAUCCUCUGCCUCCUUCCCAGUGGCCAAACCCAAUCCAUCUCAUCCUCUCUCGCCAACCAAGCACCCUCUUUCUAUCUCGGUCUCCUCGCUUCACUCCAUCCCACCUUGCGGUGGGCGGAGGGGUGCGGCGAAGGACGGGUCGGUUCCUUGUGGCUAUUUCUGGAAAGGCUAGUGGCGGAUAUGGGCGCUUCGCUCUCCAAUUUAUCGGUGGACGUCGGCGAUGGAUCUGGCGGCCCAGGCCUCGGGGACAUCCCUGAGAGCUGUGUGGCUUGCGUGUUCACUUACCUCACCCCGCCCGAGAUCUGCAAUCUGGCGCGCCUAAACCGUGCGUUCCGCGGUGCCGCCUCCUCCGACUCCGUGUGGGAGCUCAAAUUGCCCCCCACCUACUCCCAGCUGUUGUCUCUCCUUCCGCCCGGUGCUUCCCUCCUGUCGAAGAAGAAGGACAUAUUCGCCUUCCUCUCGCGUCCCGUACCCUUCGAUGACCUAUACAAGGUUCUCUGGCUGGACACAGUCACUGGCGGGGUGUGUCUGUCUGUUUCUGCAAAGGCUAUGGCCAUUACUGGGAUCGAGGACCGACGAUACUGGAGUUGGAUUCCAACCCAGGAGUCAAGGUUCCAAGUGGUGGCCUUUCUUCAGCAAAUAUGGUGGUUUGAAGUGCAAGGCUUGAUAAAAUUUCCAUUCCCUCCAGGAGUCUACAGCUUGUCAUUUCGGUUGCACCUUGGAAAAUUCUUUCGAAGGUUGGGGCGUCAUGUGUGUAGCUAUGACCAGACUCAUGGUUGGGAUCUAAAGCCUGUACGCUUCGAUCUUUCUACUUCCGAUGGUCAAAAUGUUUCAAGAGAGUGUUGCCUGGAUGAGCCUGAAAGUAGUAAUUAUAUGGGAUUCUGCAAGCGCGGUUGCUGGAUAGAAUACCUUGUUGGUGACUUCGUGGUCACUGGUUCAGAGACACUGGAUUUGAGAUUUUCCAUGAAGCAGAUUGACUGCACACAUUCUAAAGGAGGGCUCUGUGUUGACUCUGUUUCCAUCAUGCCAAGUGAAUUGAGAGAUAGAGCACUUAAAAAAUUGUAAAUUUAUGUCGUAAGAAAGUUCAAAACAUGCAAUAGCUGCAGUUAUUAGUGUGAUAGCUCGUCCACAAGUUUUGUGAAUGCCCCGUGUAAUCUCGUUAUUUAUGCAUUGAAUUGAUGCUAUUUGACAUGUCUGUUAUUUCCUGCAUAUCUUAAUUUGGUUGCAUGUGGUACCCAAGAAUGGAGUGGAAUUAAAAUGAUACUACAAAUGAAAUGUAAUGGGAGAAUGAUUCAUAUUCUUUUGCUUGGUUGUAGAAAUAGUAUGAUUUAUCUAGUGGAAUAAUUCAA